AUGUCGCUCCUGGCUUCGGGACCGAUACGGCGUGUUCUUGGCACCAGGUCCGCUGAGGCAAGACGGCUUGCCGGAGCCAUCGACUGGGAACGAUACAAGUGCGAUGUCAAGGGCGUUCGUUGGCAUGCUUGCGGUGCUUGGCGAGUGCUCUUCAACAAGAAGGACUACGAACACAACUUCUUCGUGAAGUGCAGCUGCUACUUCAGAGUGCCGAUCUACGGGUUCGACCGAGCCAAAGAGCUGGCAAUCGCAUACAGACGGCGACUAGACGCAGAGUGGGAUGAGCAGUUGAGAAUCUGGGCGGAUUUAGACGCGAAGCGGGAGCAGGAGCGAGCGGCGAGGUCUCCACCUCGAACAGUCAGACGCUGCACUGUGGGUGUUCGAGUCCGCACGAUGUUGGGCUUGAGGCACUUGUGA